CCCUAUAUUUCGACGCCCCUUUUCUUAGAUGCUGGCGAUGAAAAGAAAAAAGAAACAAGCUUUUUCAAAUGGGGUUGUGCUUUCUUGCUUGCUUUCUUGUUUGUAAGCCUCGAAAGCUCCACCAUCUGCCAAAUGACAAUGGAGAUGAAACAAUUCAACUCUCUGAAUCAGAAAAAGAAAAACCCUUCAGCCCCAUGGCUGGAAUAAGAGAUAAGCCUGAGGACCAGAAGGUGUGUUUGGAUUUGAAUGUCAAAGCCAAAGAUGAUAUGGUGGAGAAAGAGAAACCAUGCAAGGAUGGAGUGUUUGAUUUGGAUUUGAAUGUCGAAGGCAAUGAUGAUAUGGUGGAGAAAGAAAAACCAUGCAAGGAUGGAGAGUUUGAUUUGGAUUUAGAUGACCAAAGGAUAUUGGUCCAGGAGGAAUUCUCAGACUCAUUAUUUUCUUUAUCAAUAGAUUCUAGAAAACGAGUCUUUGCUUUUGAACUGGGUGAAAAGGAAGUUAAUAGUCCAGUGCCCAAGUGGGGAAACUCAUUCUUCUCUUCAUCAAAUGAUGAAACAAGCCAAGCAUGUGAGGUUGAAGAACCAAACCCAGAUCCGGAUUCAGAUCGAAAUCGGCAGCCGGUUGCAAAUAUCAAACCCAGAACGACUCAAUCUAAGCAGAAACAAGAGACACAGGGCAUCAAUGGUCCAGAGCCUAGUUCUAAGCUAUUAGCAUGCAAUGCAAGAGCAAGAACCAGAUCGGAAGGAACAUCAACUUCCAACAUUACUACUAAUUCUGGAGGGAAUUUAGCAGCAGAGAGAGAAUUUUCACCAAUAGUUAUCCAAGAUGAGCCAAAUUUUGGAGCAACAACACUAGAACAUGUUGAACAACACUCCGCUUCUGCAUCUCCAAAACAGUGUAGAAAAGCGCCAACUUUAGGGACCGUGGGGAGCUUCUGGGUUUAUACUGGGCAGAUAAAAGAUGCAGACUCAGAACAUCCUUGCGAAGAAGUGCCAAGAAUAAGUACCCGGAUGUAGGUUUUGAAAUGGAAAGAUAGUGAUUUUUUUUUCUGAAAAAUAAAUAACUUGUACUUCACUUAAACUACAAGUGCAACUAGCAUGUAGCAAACCUUGCUUUCAGAUGUAAUUUGUUCUCACCUGUGUUUCGAUGGGUGGCAUAGAGUGCCUAUCCAUCUCUUUCACCAAAGGUGAUGCUUUUUCGAGAUUUAUAAAGAGCAAUGAUAUGCAAGUACUCUGAAAA